AUCAGAAUUAAAUUACUUUAAGAAUGAAUGAAAAAUCUAAAACUUAUUAAAAUGCUUUCCAAAUCUUCAAGGAGAGGUAUUCCAAAAAGCUAAAGAAAGAUAAAACAUUAUCCCAAAGUGAUAUUGAUGAUUUAGUCCUACAGAAAUGGAAAUUCUUGCCAGAUGAUCAAAGAGAACCAUAUAAAAAGCGAUUUGAAAAAACCAAAGUCAAAUUAACUUAACACGAAGAAGAAGCAAAUAAUUCAGAUGAAGAAAAACAACCAUCAAAAAAAGUUAAACAAUGAAGUUCCCUAUCACAUUUCUUUAUAAAUAAAAAUUG